CACCACUAUCAUUCUGAAUUCAUCAUGUCGCCGCUUGACAGUAGUCUAUUGGAUGGUGUUCCCCUCGCGAUUCGGCCACUCGCCACAGAGUCUUUAUGGGGCCAGCAACCUUCAUGUUUCCAUUUUUCUGGAGAAAAACCACACUUAGAAGCAUACUUUGAUGCAUAUUUCAAAUAUUAUGCGAAACAAUGCAAUCUCAUCGCCUGUCACCACAACGGAGAGUACUCAUCGGUCGAGACUCAUGGGGAUAUCAUGACCAUUGCACAGCUUCUUCGGAAAUCUCUUCCUCGAGCAGAAGUACGGAAGCGUAUGUCAGACUUUCUGAAAUCCGCAAACAACACUCAACCCGGUGAACAUGAAAACUCUAUCAAUCUUGUCGCCCGCCUUAUGCUGAUGGUGAGAAUUGGCAAGGUACCACACGAAGGUAGCAAAGGAAGAUAUCUCAACUGGGAAGAGGGAGAUCUUCGAGAAUUCGUAUACAACUGUUUCGCACCCCCUGUCACUCGAAGACAUGACCGUAUCAAACUUGAAAAGUCUUUCAAUGCUCUAAACUUGCAGAGAAUUGGUGGGAUCAAGAUCUGGUGGACCGAGAAUCUCGCUGAUCACCUGCGGAUGGUGGAUGAUGACAAAGGGAUAUUCAUCUUCCAUCACGCCUCAUUCCUAGAGCAUCAGUUACACAACUCGAUGUACCCACCUCGAUUUAUCGAGGAGACGCUACGGACUCUCAAACUUUUGUUCCCCAGAUACAAUCCCGCAACCAAGAAGUGGUACGAGAAAGCGGCUGCAAAAUCUGCCUGCGGGCUCGAUAAGAGACUCAUCUGGAUUGGGAACUUGAAUGCUGAAGAACGGCAGGUCGAUAACUUCAGCUAUUGGCAUGAUCGACUUGUGAUCCUGAAGGAGGUAUACGACGAAGCCCGGCCGAGCACGUUGUCUCAGUUCUGGCACGAUAGGCGCAACGGGCCGCAGUGGUACACCUUCUGGGUUGCGCUUUGGGUCUUGGUCUUGACCAUCUUGGCCAUAUUCCUCGCGGUGGUGCAGUGCAUUGAAGGUGGGAUGCAAGUGUACAUUGCGAUGAGGCCGUGA